GCGAACAAGGAUAUCGUCUCGCAGCUGGCGGUCUCGGCGGUUCGGGGGGCUCUCGUGCAGGCGUGGGCGCACUGCAACGACCCCAGCAUCGAGAUAGACUAUAAGGACGUGUCUGGCAAGGCUGUAGUAGAGAAAGUAUCGUCGACAGAGAGCCAUCAGAAAGGCAAGCUGGUUCUGAUCCCCCUGAGCCCCGACGUUAGAGCUGGCGAGAAGGUCACCUCGGGCGCCCUUGAG